AUGGCUGCUACCACCACCGCCCCUCUCCGCCUCGGCUCCAAGGCCCCCAACUUCACGGCCGAGACCACCAAGGGCAAGAUUGACUUCCACGAGUUCAUUGGCGACAGCUGGGUCAUCCUCUUCUCCCACCCCGAGGACUACACCCCCGUGUGCACCACCGAGCUCGGCGCCUUCGCCAAGCUCGAGCCCGAGUUCACCAAGCGCGGCGUCAAGCUGAUCGGCCUCUCGGCCAACACCAUCGAGUCGCACGACGGCUGGAUCAAGGACAUCGCCGAGGUCACCGGCGGCAACGUUGGCUUCCCCAUCAUCGGCGACAAGCAGCGCCAGGUCGCCCUCGCCUACGACAUGUAA